GCCAAGUCCACCGAGAAGGAGGCAAUUGAGGAACGCAUGAAGCAACAGGAGAUCCGCUUCAAGAAGGAAAAAAGAGAACUGGUAUAACUACUUCUAAUUCUUAUUCCAUUUCGAUUUCUAGUACUAGUAAGUCUGACUCAAACUCUAACAGAAACAGAAACAGUAACAACUAAGUCUAAAUGUAAAUCUAAAUCUUAAGCUAAAUCUAAAUCCAGAGAUCUUGAUCCAAAUCAAAAACCAAAACACCAUGACCAUCACAGAUACAAUCUAAACCUUAAAGAAAGUCUAGAUCGCCCCUCCAUGACCUUCACCUUCACCAUUCGCAUUCCAGGAAGCUGAUUUCAAGCUAAAGCUUCGCGCGUUCGGAAAAGCAGAAAGUAAGGCGAGCAAGAUGCUGCGUAACAUAUCCGCUUCUCAGGAUAAUACCGACGAGGAGGUUCGGGAGCGUAUUAAGACUGAGAAGGAGCACAAGUUGCGCGUCGCCACUUUGGAGCAAGAUUAUAAGGAUCAGAU